AUGGCUUCUGAAGAUACCGUGACGGCCGUUGCGACGACAGAGCGCGUAGUCGACGAUGCGCGCACGCCUGCGCUCAUCUCCCCGCCCGAGUCCAAGACACCGCCAACGGCGACCCACAAGCGCAACCAAGCCGACUUUGCGCAAGAUCGGAAUUCCGAACCAGUGGAUGCUUCGGCCCUGAGCAAGGCUCUGGAACAUUUUGAGCGAGCAGGGCGCGUGCAGGAGCGACCCAUUGCAAGUCCUAGUCGCAAACGCCAGCGUAUCUACGGUGAUAGGCUGACAAGUGGCAGAUUCAUCCCCAAUCGUGCUGGUCAGGAUCUCCAGGCGAGCUUUUCACUGCUCCAUGAUGACGCUUCACCUGCCACGCCGUCACGAAGCGCGAAACGCGCCCCACACAACGAGUUGCACUUUCAACGGACGGAGGAAGCAAAUCGGACCUACUCGGCGGUCCUACGGCAGGAAUUAUUCGAGGGAUCUGUACCCCAAGCCUUGCCGCAGAGCCUGUCCCCCACCGACAGUGCUAAUCUGCGUCGCUCCGGGCGCUCACAUACGCCACCAGCUCAUGCAGCAACAUCACUACCAGCGCCAAACUUGACACCCUCAACACCACACAAGAACUUCUUCAACUACUCAGGCCAACCGACACCAUCAAGAACUCCUUCUAGCCGACAUGGAAUCAAUCUCAAUGCGCAAUCUGACCUGUACAGUUUGUCACCCAUCAAGUUGAACAGCCAGCGCAUGCUUCUCAGCCCACAAAGGACCCCCCGCGCCGUUUCCAAGGUGCCCUACAAGGUACUCGACGCGCCAGACCUAGCAGACGACUUCUAUCUCAAUCUAGUAGAUUGGGGUAGUCAGAACAUCCUUGGUGUCGGACUGGGGUCUUGCGUGUACAUGUGGAACUCUUCAAGCGGACGCGUCACAAAACUUUGUGAACUGACUGACGAUUCUGUGACAAGUGUCAGCUGGAUACAACGCGGCUCUCAUCUCGCCAUUGGUACAAAUCGAGGUUUCGUGCAGAUCUGGGAUGCAACUACUCAGCGUCGUCUACGAACUAUGACUGGCCAUUCUGGACGUGUUGGCGCUCUUGCUUGGAACGAACAUAUCCUGACUUCUGGCUCACGAGAUCGAUCAAUAUAUCAUCGUGAUGUCAGACAGCCAGAACAAUGGCUCCGGAAACUUGUUGGCCACAAGCAAGAAGUUUGCGGACUGAAGUGGAACAAUGACGACAUGCAACUCGCGUCAGGUGGAAAUGACAAUAAGCUAAUGGUGUGGGAGAAACUCAACGCAGAACCAACAUACAAAUGGAGCGAGCAUCAAGCCGCUGUCAAAGCCAUUGCUUGGAGUCCACAUCAGCGCGGCUUGUUGGCUAGCGGUGGCGGCACGGCUGAUCGGACCAUCAAGUUCUGGAACACAUUGGUCUCUUCCAAUGGACCUUCUUCUGCAUCGCUUGCCGCCGCCUCAUCCGCAGCGUCUGCGUCGGGUCCCGGCGAUGUGGACUUUCAGCAGAGUGCACCUGCCAACCUCAUCAGAAGCCUAGACACCGGUAGCCAGGUCUGUAAUCUGGCAUGGUCGAAGAACAGCAACGAAAUCGUAUCAACCCACGGAUACAGCCAAAACCAGAUUAUCGUCUGGAAGUAUCCCAACAUGCAGCAAGUUGUUUCGCUCACUGGCCACACAUACCGUGUUCUCUACCUGGCGAUGAGCCCAGAUGGCCAGACUAUCGUUACUGGCGCAGGAGAUGAGACCCUUCGCUUCUGGAAUUGCUUUAAGAAGAAAGAGAGAACCGGAAGUCUCAACAAUACCAUGGACAAGUGGGGUGUCAUUCGAUAAUGCCUAUCGCUGCGGUGAUGACCAAUUUUCCCAACCGACUGGUCUUGUCUCUUGACACCGGCGUUCAUUCUUACUCUCUCCAAAAGCAAGCUUGCAAACCUGGGCUUCUUCACGAAAAGUUUCUCACAUCAUCAGCAUUGGGCGGUAUUACAAGGCGUACUAGGGUGCAAGAGGGUCCUUGAUACCACAUUUGAUCAUCUUCUGGCAUUUUCACAUGAGCAUAUGAGUUUUGGAUUCAGCGGAUUGGAUUAUCAUUACGACAUUAAGCAUUCAGCGAGACACGACCUCGCCUCUCGU